AUGCUCAUUUUCCUGCUACAAUUCUACGUGAUAAUUCGUACUAUUAUCACCGAAUGUAUAUUUUCGGUCUUCAAAUUUUGGGCCCCAAUCGGUUGGUAUCCACGAAAGAAAAUACAGGGUCAGACAGUACUAUUGACGGGUGCAGCAAAUGGCAUUGGAAGGGAAGUGGCUAGACGAUUGGCCGAUUGUAAGGUUAAUCUGAUACUAUGGGAUGUGGAUGGGAAAAAUUUGGAGAAAACGAGAGCACUUUGUGAGAGAGAAGGAACUGAGGUUCGUGCCUAUGAUGUGGAUAUUACAAAUCAAAAAGAGGUCAACUUUGGUCUAUUAGAAAUUCAAAAGGAAUUCGGGCUGGUUGAUAUUUUGAUUAAUAAUGCAGGCAGAUGCUCGUUCACUAAAUUUGUUGAUAUGACCAAGGAAAGACUUCAAACACAAAUUCUGCUAAAUUUUGUGGCGCCCAUGAUGUUAAUAAAAGCAGUAUUACCGCAUAUGAUGGAGAAAAAUAAGGGCCAUAUUGUAGCCACCUGCUCAAGUCGUGCCUUGGUUGGUAAAGGAAUAAUCGCCGACUACUCGGCCGAAAAACAAGCAUUAUUCGGUUUAAUGGAGUCGUUAGAAGAUGAAAUGUGGAUGUUCGGCAAGCGGAAUAUCAAGUUCACCUCCGUCUGUCCACUUCUCACAAAAACGAAUAUGACAAAACCUCUAGGUGAUCGCUUGGCGUUAUUAUCUCCGGCUGAGGUGGCUGAAUAUUAUGUGGAUGCGAUAUUGUGUGAAAAGCGGGUAGCCGUGGUGCCGAGGCGCGGCAUUAUUUCAUAUUGGAUCAAAUGCUUUCUUCCUGCACCGGUGUACCAAAUUUUUACA